UAUUAUAUUAAAUAUAUUAUAUACUAAUGUAUAUAGAUCUAGAAUCUAGUCUAGACUCCUAGUCCUAGACCAGUGGUUCCCAAACUUUUUUAUCUCGUAGACCAUUUGCCAUGUUUUCUGGUUUGCGGUAGACCCCCCUGCUUUUGCCAAAUUCAUCAACUCCAUUUUUUAAAACUAAUUUCUAACUGUAGUGAGUGUAAGAAUGAAAAAGUAAUUUAAAGUUCCAGAUCUUUUUGUAUUCAUAAAAUUCAAAUUUAAACCAAUUAGAAUUCAUAUAACAAUUAAUAUUUAUUACUGGAAUUACCGAACACACUGGAAAUGUUGCCUUUAUUAGCACGUCUAUUGUCCAUUGCUAUGGGUAUUAUGUUUCAUUUAGGAAUUUGUUGUUCUAUGAUAUAAUCAUCAAACAUUAAAUAUUAAUUAAUCAAGUAAUUAAUUUGCCUUGUGUAUCAUUGUAAAAGUUUUAGCAAGCAAAGUUUCUCGUGUAUUUCUUGAUCUUUCACCUGUGGCUAAAAUAUUAAAUCCGCAGAACUGUUUUCACUAACAGGAGAAGGGGCGAAGGUGAGUAACUGGCACCUAAGCCAGUAACUUUGAGCAGGAAGGGCUCAUUAGCCUUGACCCACCUAGCAGAAGGAUAACUGAAUUUUCAAGCCUUUGUUGCAUGCAGCUAUACCCAAACACUGGAAACGUUUUGUGUGUCAACCCUGUUAAAAAUAAGGAGCCGGCGACCCUUAGGCAGUUUAAACGUGACCUCCAUGACCAACGUCGAAGGCGCCGGUUUAAAUCACACAGCAUUACAUUCUGUCAGAGCCUGUGAUACCGCUGAUCGAAAACACUGUAUACCACUUUGGGAAUCACUGGUCUAGACUCUACUGUCUCUACUACUAAGUACUACUACUAGAUUCUAUUACAAGUGACACUCUACACUACAGUACUACUACUAGUCUUAGUCUAGUAGAUCUAUAUAAGUAGUUUGUCAUAAUAUUAUAACAAAUCAAAAUUAGCAAUAAAUAAAAUAAAAAGGAUAAACUUAGGUUAUAAGAUGACAAAUCUCAGAAAAAGUAAAAGUCUUCCUGUCUACAUUGUGGAACCACAUAAUGAUGUUGUACGCUAUAUACAUCGAUCUAUAGCCUCAAAGAUUCUACCAUUUGAUGACAUUGUUGUAAUUCAUUUGGAUUCUCAUCCUGACCUAUUGCUACCAGUCCACCUUGAUGCUGAUGUUGUGUUCAAGUCUAGAGAACUCAUUGAAAAUCUCAGCAUUGAAAAUUGGAUUCUCCCACUGACAUAUGCAAAACAUGUAAGUCACAUUGUUUGGGUGAAGCCUCCUUGGGCUAAUCAAAUCAAAGCGUCUGAACUGAAUUUCACUAUAGGCAAGUGCUCUCAGUCUGGUAAAAUCAGACUCAACUGUAAAGAAAAUUACUUUUUGACUGAUGGUCUUUUUAGACCCAUGCAAAAACUAGAAGAAUGUAGCAAUGUUCGACUGACAGUUGCGGAGCUGCGUCCAGACCAAUGGAGUGAACUUGAACACAGAUCUUCCACACAUGAGACCAAGAAGGAACCAAAUGUAGUCUCAGAACAAUCCUGCCUUUUUUCCUCUUAUCAAAAGUGGGGCCCACACUUGAAUGACCUGUUGAAUGGAAGGCCCUACAUACUGGACAUUGACCUGGACUUCUUCUCUACAGCUAAUCCAUUCAGAGGUUUUCUUGCAGCGGAGGCUGAGCAGGCACUCAGGAGACUCUACGGGUACCAAGCAUUAUGUGAUACAACUGACCAGACUCUACUUCAAUUUUCUAAAAAAAGAGAAUCCCAACUAGAUGAACUAGAAGAUAUCUUUUGCCAGCUAGAGAAUGAGUAUCAUGUGAAGUCUGACCAGCAGAAGGCACUUUCUCUUGAUGACCUCAUGGAGAUUGAAGCAAUCAGUCACAGCUCAUUAGACAAACAACUGCUGGAAGACAUUCUGCUGAUCUGCAACAGUGUCCUGCUUGACCCAAAAUAUCGAGAGGUCACUUUCCUUCAAGUUCACAACUUUGGCUGCACUUUAGAUGACACUGAGCUACCCCAUCAUAUAAGUACGGAAGAACAGGUUAGCUCCCUUCUGAAUACUUUCAAGAACCUCUUGGAGCUAGUGCCCAGGCCAACCAUCGUGACUAUAGCAAGAUCAAGCCUUGAUGGCUAUUGUCCUUUGAAUGCUGUAGACCAGUAUCAAAGAGAUGUGUUGAAAAUUCUGGAGAAUCAGUAUGGAUCACUGCUACUCACUCAGGACUAUGAUUGACUAUAAACACAUGUUAAAUCUCUUGUAUAUAAUGAACUUGUUAUAUGUAUUCUGUAAAUUGUUGACGCUCUUAGACAAUAUGUGUUUGGUAUGUAUAAAAUGAUUGAACUUUUAAACAAAAACAAAAUAAAGAAAAGGAAAACAUUGUUUUAA